GGUCCGGUCGUCAGUGCGCGUCUUAACACAAUAUCAUAUUUACGUCCGUUUUUAUUACCGGGAUAUAAAGCGUGGUGUUUUAGUUAUAAUAUAUAUAUAUAUACAUACUUAUGCUUUUGUAAAUGUUAAACGGCCGGCGGUAAUUGACCACUGACCAUGAAGGCGGGAACGCGGUCGUCCGGACGUCAGCUAUCAAUGUUACUGCCAUUGUUGUUCCUGGUCUUUGGAGGAGCGCGGGCUUGGCCUUGGCCGUCGUUAAGUGUCCCGUCGUCCAAGGCGGUCGGAAGAGGUAUAAAAAAUUACCGUCAUUAUUAUUAUAUUGUUCCUCGUGAAGCAGGGUCCCUGGGGAGAAAGUAUUGUGGUUUUUUCCCCUAAAUAAUCGUACGCUGCAUUGAAAAUAGUUUAAUUAGUUGUAUAGUUGAGUGAACGACGCAUAAAUAAUUUUAACGCACCUAUCCUCAACAUGACCCUGUUGACAUUUGAUGUAAACGAACGAAAGCCCUCCGAAAUUAUCGAAUACGAAUUCGUAUCCGAAACACCCGGAAGUUUUCGUAACUUUGUGAAUAUUUAAUUAUAUUAAAUUAACCCUUAAUUAAUAAUUAAUAUUUAAAUAAUUUUAAGGGUUUUGGUAUAAAUGUAGAAAUCGAGCUAACGUUUUGUUUUUUUUACAAAUAUUUCGUUUCGUAGAAGAGAAAUAUGGGUUAGGUUAGGUUAGGUCUGUGCCCCUAACCCACGAACACCGUAACGGUAACGGACGUGAUAUUACUGACUCUUAAUCUCAAAAUUCUAACUAACACAUUUUAUUACCAGGUUUUUGACCUAAUCUGUUGUUGUGCACGGUAAUUACACAGCAAAUUAACCUAUUCGGUGAUUAUACAAAAUUAGCCAAUAAACGUUCUUUACUGUAGUUCUUUACUUUUGUGCUGUUUCUACUAGCUAAUUCACUUCCAUUCAUGCACUAUUUCAAAUUGUAGUUAUUAUGCCAUUUACCGGAAACUAUGCGAGAAUUAAGUUCAAUUUAUUUGGUCCAUACAAUUUUCAGUUCAAACAGUUUCAAGUCCAUAUUACAGUGUUUGUCCAAUUAUUGAAAUUGUCCAAAUAAUGUCUUACUAGACGGUAUAAAGGCGUAUCUAAAAUUACUCGGAAUAAAAAGAACAUUGUGAACUAACGUAUACCUCGGAAGAACUACUAUUUUACUAUAAUUUACUUGAAUCGAGUAUAGGAGUAUAUAAUUAACCAUAACAAAUUUGCCAACAACUUAACACGUUCGGAAAUAUUCGUUAAACAUUAUUUUUUGGAUAUUUACCAAUAAUUGAAUUAUAAAAAAAAACACAUAUAGAACUAAAAAAAAAUAGACAAAAUUAUAUUAUUUAUUAAAUAAUGCAAACAUAUUAUAUCUAAUAUAACUUGUGCUGUAUGUAUUAUUAUGUAUUAUUCAUAAACGGCUUUUUUAUGUUUCUUUUUUUUUUUUUAUUAUUUAUGUUUACUCAAAGGGUGUUAACCAUACAUUUUUAAAAAUGAUAUAUAUAUAUAUAUAUAUAUAUAUAUAUAUCGAAAAAAUGUGUACGGAGAGUGGAAAACUAAGUAACGCGCUCACGCGCGCGUGUCCCGAUAGGUUCUCGACUCGCACUAGUAAAAAGUGGCACACCGUCUAAAAAACAGGUCACGACGAUGUUCCACAUAAUAAAAUAUUAUUAUAAUAAUAAGAAAAAAAAUAGAGAGCCGUGACCGCGGUCGUGGUUGUUGUCACCGCCGCACGCCGUCCUUCCACGCGGUCACCCGCAACAAAACAAAACCGGCUACCAAGUAUCAGGUAAUACGUUCGCGGCGUGUUACAUUUAUUUUUUUUUACGGUUACGUAUCGUCAGACCGGUCGGUCGGUCAAGUUCAAUAGUGGCGUUCACCCGUCCUCCGUAUUCGACGAUAUGAAACUGCAUCUAUAGUUAUUACUAUAAGCUGUUCCGGAUAAAAUACAGCCUUAUAAUUUCUUUUUUUUAUAUAGUUUUACGCAAUAGGUACACAUAGAGUAAACCAAUUUCCAUACCGGAAAGGCUCAUAUUAUAUUAUAUUAUUAACCUUACGGUGGUGUUACACGGUUUGAUAAAAUAUUUUACGAAUAUAUGCGUUCAUUUGAUUAUAUUGCAAUUUAGACAGCUAAUUUUUGGAUGCGACAAACCAUUUAAAAUAUAAAUUAAGAUUCUUAAUGAUAAUUGGAUUUCUAACAUGUUGUGUUUUAAUUUUCCUAAAAAUCGCUGUUGUGGUUACUUUUCCGAAUUUUAGACUCGGAGUGUAGCGACGAACGUAUUGGUUUUAAUAAUGCUUUUAUUAUUUUUUUCUUGUUAUUCAGUUAAAAAUAUUUGUAUAAACAACUUUACAUUUAACAGAAAACUCAUGUCUGCAUUUUCUAGACGUGGUGAAAUUUUCUAAGCAUUUGUGCUAUUUUUGAGCAAUUUAUAGGCAUUUUAAUUUUGCUAGUUUUUACGAAAUUUUUAUUCGGUAGGUACUCGUAGAUAAAAUUAUUAUACUAAACAAAAAUGCAUGGAAAUUUAAUAGAAGGUCCUUAUCAGUCGUAGGGCCUUUGUGAUAAAAAAAAAAAAAGUUGAAUAGUUAACAUAGGAGGUUUUUUUUUUCAUUAAAAUGUUCAUAUCAAAUUUUGACGAAAAUCGUAAGUAUUACGAUCCGCGGCCUUUUAAAACUACGUAUAACCGAACUUCACUUCGAAGCGUUGCAUAUAAAUUAAAGUUCCCUUCAUAUCAUAUACCUAUAUCUAUACCUUCCCGAUUUCUCACCUACAAGAAUGGCCCACACGUCGUGCGAAACACGUUUGAGUAAGUGAAACAGAUUUCCAACAAUUUUUAUACAAAUAAAAAAACUGACAGAAAUUGUGAUACGUUGAAUUAAUUUUCUUAUUUUCUGUAUUAUCUUGGAUCAUUGGCUGCAAGACAGAAAACAGGAAAAUAAUACUAUAACCUUAUACCAGUUUACUAAACUCCUCUUAGAAUUGUCUUUUGAUUGUAUCGAUUUAUAGUGGCUUUUAUUAAAAUACCAUAAAUAAUUUAAAAACUUUUAUUUUAUACCUUCUAAAACAGUCUAUCCAACCUAACUUAAACCAAUCUCCCAAAAACGUUUAAUUUUCCAAGAGAUUAAGUUUCGAUAAAACACUCAUUAUCUUUAAAAGUAUUAGCUUUUUUUUUUGGAUAAUUCAUGAAACAAGUGGCUCUAAAAUAUUACAUAGCCAUUAAUUUUUGUCACCAUUAUUUUUGGGGGGUGAAACUAUUACUCCAUAUUUGAUUUUCUAAUGGUAACUUUUAAAUUUAAAAUUUCAUAAAUAAAUAAAGUUUUAGUUUAAUUAUAUUUUGUUGAUGACAUUUUUAAUUUUUAUCAAAUCGCUGACGAGUUAUUCUACUUUUGAGUUUGGUUAGAGGUAGUGUAGUGGAACAUAAUUUGUGUGACCGUGACGGCACAAGAUUUAAAUUUUUAAUAUUGGUUACUAUUUAUAAAAUUAGGUAGUAGUUUCAUUAAAUAAUGGUAAAAAAAAAAAAAAAUGAUAAUGUAACAUUUUAGAGCUUCUUGUUUCUUAAAUAAUUUAAUAAAAAAGCAAUUGACAACUAUUAUAAAAAAAAAAAAAAAAAAAAUGUAUCCAAAAAGGUUAAUACUUUUCUCGAUAAUGAGGACCUUAUCGAAGAUUGAUCAUCUUAUAUAUACGAUAUGUAUGUACGGCUUAUAUUGAAAAUUGGAUAAUGUCAAUAUUUAAUUUAUUAGAAUCAAUAUUAUGCUGUUAGUUUUGAUAUUACAGUGAAUUGUUUGUAAUCGAAUUUAAUAAGGUUAGAACACAUUCUGUGUUUGCACGUUGUUACAUAUAUUUUUAAGCGAGAUUAAAUGAUUUUUAAGUUGUAGUGUUUCCUAAACUCUUGCUUAACAAUUUUUAUAUCGAAAGAAACCAACGUAUAAACUCAUACUAUGUUCUCACCUUUAAGUUUGAUAAAAAUAUUUGAAUACCUUUUUUAAAUAGUUAUAUUGGAUAAUAAAUUGAUUAAAUCCUUAUUCCACGAUUAGAUUUAUAGUCUUUAUACCUUACUCGAUGUUAAAACUAGUUUUUUUUUUCUAAUAUUAUACUAGUAUGUUUAUGAUUUCUAAAAAAAAAAAAAAAAUAGACAAAGUUGAACAUUGGGAUUUACAGAGAAAGGUAUUCGAUUACCUACCAUGACAUGACCUAACCUUGAUGCAUUCAUCAAAAUGCGUUUUUGUAGUCAUCCGAACCAGUUUUUAAAUAUUAACGGCUACGACGUGAUGUGCAUCUGUUUUAAGCUACUUUUUGUGUCCUCCAAACAUAGAAUAAUUAUAAAAAAAUUUAUUGAAUCCAAAAAAAAACUUUCUUUUUGUUUUCAUUAUUUUCUUACCCAUUGGUUAAAAUAAUUAGCAUUUCGCUAUCCCGUCAAAUUGAAACAAUAUAUCUAAUAUUCGAUAGGGAUUGAAAAUUUGUUUCUUUCAGAUGUAUAAGAGUUAUAGAGAGGAGUAAAAGUGAGAAGAAAACGUUUGAAAAAAUCGUUUUCGAUUUAUUUUUAUGAAUGAUAACGGUUCAAGUAAACACAUUUUUUUUUUAUCUGUUAUUGUAAUAUUAGUUCACCUUUAUGUGCACAAUGUUCAAUAUACAUUUAGUUAUUAACAAAAUGGAAUAUCUAACCAAACACGCAAUAUACCGAUUUCGUUAUAAAAAAAAAAAAAAAUAUCAAACCAAAUAUUACGGUUUUGCUAUUACAUAGAAACGUAAUCAUUGAACAAUCGGGAGACGUACACAAACUCAUCAUUAUAAGUUAUAACUCAAUAAAAUAUAACAAAAAAAGAGCUGAUAAUCAAGAUGGAUGUGCCAAUGUUGUAUGUCAUUUAAUGCAUGUAUAUUUUCUCGUAUAAUCCAUAUAAUUUAUUAAUCUAACUGGAAACCUCAACGUUAUUUUUGUAUUUUAUAUUCUUUUGUUUAUUUUUUUUUAAAGUACUUUUUCAUUAUUUUAUCCUAUGAACCUAUAAUACUCUUUAAGUUUUUUUAUUAUUUUGUUGGGCACACGUGCUGGAUUAGGUGAUUUUGACUAAUCGUUAUUAUGUAUCCUUAUUUAUGAGGGGUAAUUUAUUGUCACCUAAAAGACUAUCGAAUAACUAGCAAAUAUGAAUAUCUCUCAUGAACAUUCAGGUUUAAGUAUGCUAAUUGGGCUAAUUCACAAUCGAAUUUGCUCGAACACAAGAAAGAAAUCAUGGAAUCAAAAAAAGAUUGGAAAGAAAUGUUGGUUGCAAUACAAACGUUUGAUAGACAAUGAACAAUAAAAUACAAUUUAUUAUCUAAUAUUUUAGGUUUUAUUUUUAUUGAAAUGUAUUUGAUAUCACAAAGUUUUGAAAUAUCGUCAAUAUCAUUCUAUAACUUUAUGGUGAUAUGGAAACGGACCUCUCGUGGCUCGUGAGGUGCACGGGGAAUAGAUUGGAAACGAGAUGAUGACCGGAUAACGGAGGGACGUAACGAGUGGUUAGAACGGCUACGUAAAAAAAUAUAUAGUCCCUUUUUUACAUCACGACACUCGUUUCCAGUCUAUUCUAACUCAUGAUUAAGAUAUUCAUCACCCAUAGAAUGCUGUGAUUUGGUUUGAAAUCGUUGUGAGUUCAUAUGUUCCGUUUAAAUGGAUUUUGUUCUAGGAGAAUAAAAUAAAAUCGUACGGAACAGAGGGGAAUAGAGGGGAAAAUCAAGGAUAUAAUAUUAGGUGAUAACUAAGUAGAUACUAUAUGAAACAUUGCCAGAUAGCUUUUGGCUUUCAUAAUAUUAUUUUUCGAACACACCUCGUGACAUUGUAGGUUUGAGGUUGUCUAUAAACAUCUUCCAUUAAAAUGCUGCAAUUGUAGCAUGCUCGUUAUAUAUUUCUAUUGAGAUCGUCGACCGCCCCAAACACAAUCGUGCGUGUGACCGGCUUCCGAUAGUGCAGUAAAACAAUUACGAUUUUGCCAUAUAAUAUAAACUAGGCACACUCUAAUAACAUAAUAACAGAAGCGCAGUACGUAUUUCAAGUAUGUAGGGCAAAAUUUCUCCGGUUGCUCGCAACGCUAUUGUUUUAUUUUCCAUUUGACGACUGGGCAGUCAUAAUAUUAAUAUAAAAUAUAAUACUAAUAUUAUGAGGUGGUCGGGAGAACGCGCGACCCGAUUCGGAGAUUAAUUGGAAUUUUAAUAUUUUACCCAAUGACAACGUCACGUCGUCGAAAGUGUGUUAGUGAAUUUUACCGUAUAAGCGACGCACACACGCAUAUUCAUAUGUACCGGAUGAUUAUAUUAUCACAAACCAGCGUUUUCGAUUAAAUUCGAUUUUCGCUGUAUUUUUCGGUCGUUUAUUAUAAUAGGUACGUGUAUACAAUGCCGUUAAAAAGAUUUGAAAUGAAAAGGUUUUGAACCGAAAACUUAUUAUUGUCAUGUAAACCACUUUAAAACGCUCGCAUUAUGUAAAAAACGGUUUUAAGCGUUUAAAACGGUUAAUCAAAUGAAUAAUAUUUCAAUGCGUUUUUGAAACCUUAUCACCAAAUUAAUUUUUGUUUGUGCGCUUCACGGCCAAUAAUUAUAACGAUUUAUUUUGAAAAGUCACGUCUCAGUUUAUUUUUUAUUUUACAUUCCAUAAAAUAUUUACUUCAAAAUUAAAUGGUGAAGUACAUCUUAUUUAAAUUUGUAUACUAUCGGUUUACAAAUGUUAUGAAUGUUAUAAUUGUUCAUCAAACCAUUUUCAUAACUAUGGACAUCGGACAUAAUAGAAAAACGGGUUAUAAUAUACAGGUUUCUGGUAUUCAGUUAAACCGUUUUAAUAAAUUUUAAAACUAUGUCUUUAAUAGUUGUAAAAUACGUUUUGACGCCAUCAUUUCAACGUAAUAUAUGAUUUACAUAUCUCUAAAAAUUGAUAUUAUGAAAUACAUUACUCUUCCCAAACGGUCGCAAUAUGAGUAUCGCUAGACGCUGUUGCGUCGCAGCCGAAUACGGUAAAACUCAUUGGUUAGGUAUCUUUCUUCUAACAACAAAAUCGCGCUUCUCACUCCUCAUAUAACCACAUAAAACUAUCAUCAUAAUCAUAUUAUAUUUUUACAAUUAUAAAAAUGUGAUAUUUUUGUGUUAGUAAAAGCAAAAUAUUCAUACGAAAAUAAAACCUUUUAUCCGCCGUAGUAUUGUUUUAAGUAACGAAAAUGAAGUUGAUUUGUUCCAUGGCCACUAUAGUGUAAAGGAUUCAAAAAUUAUGACUAGGUAUAUAAAAUAAUAAUACACUGAAUUUAUUGAUAAUUAUAUGUUUGUAUUUUUAAUUUGUUCAAUACAAUAAUUUGUACAUUUUAAUUUGAAAAUUAACACAUACGUUUCAUGUUAGUCACCCAUUAUAGUUAUUUUAAAUAACUAGACUACUUAGACAAAUACUUGCCCACAAUCUGUCCGUGUUUUUUAAAAUACACAUAAAAGUUAACCUCUCAAUAUUUGUAUUUAUCACAUUAGGGUUGCUUUUAUAAUUCUAGUUAGUAGUAGGUAUAGUCACAUACAUCGUCAUGAUAAUUUUUUCUAUUGUGACAAGAAUGUGAUGUGAUUAGAAUCGAUUACCAAGAACAUCGUAUUCAGUUGCCGAUCUUCUGGUCUAAAUUGAAUUUUUUUUUUUUUUUUUCGAGUAUAGUUCAUAAUAUUGUGUAUCGGGUAUAAUAUUUCGAAUCGAACUUGAAAAUAUUUUUAUGGAUUGUUCUUUGAUAAUAAUCAAUGGUUGUACACGUUCAAAUACUUAUUGUUAAAACGCAGGGCAGGGGUGACAUUUAUAAAAUGUAUAAAUAUAACCAAACUUCCGGAGUCUCCGAAAUCGCCGGUUCAUGAUAUGAAAAUCACCCUGUAUAGUUUAUAAUAUGUAUAGGUACGGUGUUCCCGGAAUCGAUUUUACAACUGCCGCCACCGCCGUUGAUAGAUGUCCGUGCGCGGAUCGUUUACAUUUUAAAAUAACACACGCCCGCGUGCGGACUUUUGAAAUAUCAUCGUCAUUACUCGUAAUGAUUUAUCGUUUCUUGCGGGCCGCGGAAUCUGAAAGCGUGGACCGUUUUCCCGUACGAGCAUAUUGCGGUCACUCGUAAUACCGCGAUGUAAUACCACGAUCCCCGUGUACACACAAUAAUAAUAAUAAUAAUAACAAUAAUAACAAAAUAUUAUUAUUGUUAUCACCGUUAACGGGUCGAAAAUUUAAAAGCCAAAUCGAUUAAUUUGAUUUAACUUUUUUAAGAGAACGCGUUACCCGCAUUCACGGGUAACACGGCGAAACAACGUUAAUAAAUGUAAUUAGGCUUAGGGACUUCUAAAAAUCAUAUAAAUAUGCUUUAGAUGUUUUUCAUUUAACUGAAAAAUUGAUAUAUGACUCAUUUAUUAAUAAUUAGUUAAAGCUGGCGACUAACACAACAGUUUUAUAAAAUUAUGGAACGUGGUAUGUAUACAAACUAUACAAUUGGUCUAAUUUAUAUCAUUUUAUCUAGUCGGUGGUAAAAGUAGGACUCACUGCGAGAAAUAUGAUAUAUUAUUCGAUUAUACAUACAAGAUCGAUAAAUCGUCUUUAUAAAUAGAUGAAUUUAUUAAUGGCCUGUUAUAGCACUAUAGCACUUAAAAGCUGCAUUCAGCUAAUAUGCUCUAAUGAGAAAAAAUCAUUAAAUUAUGCAAAAAUAUGUACAAUUCAAUUUUGGAUUGAGAUUCUGUAGAACAUGAACAGGAUUUCUCUUUGACUCUGUUAUUUUUACAUAAUUCAGAAAAAAUAUGCAAAUUGCUAGUAGUUCCUAAACCUAAUUAUAGCAUAUUAUAUUGUGGUAUUUAGGUUAAAAUGAUGUAGUCUAAACAAAAAAAUAACAAGCGUAUUUAUAAAGGAAAGCAUUUUUUAGGGUUGUACGUAAUUUAUGCUAAAAAAGAGAAAAAAAUGAUCAUCCAAAAAUGUAUCAGUCGUAUAAGUUUUGAUUUUUUUUUAAAUGACUAUAAUUUUUUUGUGUGACCAUUUUUUAAAAAGCAUUAUAAAUUUCAGUAUCACGUUCUCUUUAUUAUUGUAUAGCUUUUAACUUUUGAUGUUUUAUUAACAUUUUAAUUGUUUUAUCAACUUAAUAAAUAAAGAUUUCCGAUAAUAUAUUUUAUAAUAAAUCACGUCGAAAUAGGAUUUAUGUGCGUCUCUGUCACACAAACGUACGACGUGGCAAAUCGAAGUUUAGAAUGGACAAUUUUUUGUUGUCAGUGUUCAAUGUUCAAACUAUAAUGAAUCGACCUAUUGUUAAACUCAAAGUGUAGUUUGUAUAUGGAUAAAGAAGACAUAAAUAGAAUAUAAAACACGAUUCAUGUUUGUACUGUGUGGUUUUUUUUCGAUGUAUUAAUAUCAGUAAGCGAGAUACCUAACACGAUAAUUAUGUAAAAUAUUACAAUUUUUCUUUAAAAUGCUUAAAUAUUGCUUAAAAAUUAAAAUAUGAGAAAAACCGACAUAAAACACAGAUAUUUGCUCUUGUAUUUAAGCUCGAUAGUAGGUCAAUUCAUUCUAAUAUUAGCACUAACAGAAAGUAACGCGGAACGAAAAUUAGCUUUAGAUAUGCGUUUGUAAGACGGAGAUGGUACAUGCGGAUAUCCUGUCAUUUCAAGUUAAAUAAUAAUAAAACGUGCUUUUUUUUUAAAAAAUAUUUUGUGCGUAUGAACAUAUUUUUUACCGGGAAUCUUUUUUCGAUCAUAAAUCUCAGGGGUAGUUAUUAGUAUCAAAUUUUGUCUAUUUGUUGCAUCGAGAAGGCCAUGUUUCGGUUUUCUUUAUAAUUGGGAAACACGAGAAUGUCAAAGCAAUUACUAUUAUUUUCGAUUUAUAGUUUUAAACAUCUUCAAAAUGUUCUUUUAUUUUUCGAAUUAUUUGAAAUGAUAGAAUUUAUUUGGUUUUAUAUUGAUCAGCUUAUUAUAAUAUACAAUGCAUCUUACAGUGUAAUCUGAACUUAUUUCAAUCGGGUUUUGUGUCGGGCGGACACAAAUUAAAGUUUUAUUCUAAUCGCUCAAUCACUGAAUAACUUGACAAUUUUGUAAAAUAUACCAUGUGUUCAUAUCCGAUCAAUAGUUUCUUAGUAAUAACCGUUAAUAACGGGGUAAUCUCUCGUUUUUCACACCUUUCCCUAAAUAUUGAAAUUUCGAACAUUUUAACGAGUGAAAAAAUAAAGUUAUUUUUAUUUUCGUUGAUAAAUUUAAUUUUUCUUUACAUUCGUGUUCCCCUGUCACAAAAUCUGAUUAAAAAUAUAUAUAUAUAUAUUGAAUAUUAACAAAGUAAUUAGCAUUCGGAUAUCACUGCAGUAGGAAACUCUGUAUAUAUUUUUAAUGAAUAGCAUAUGUGGGGUCCCGAAAAUAACCAUUGUUUAGUAUUCCCGCGAUAAAUUUCCCGUGUAAGUUGAACACAGUAGCCGUCAUUGUUUUUAGUAAAUUCCAAACUUUAGGUUUAAUUAUUUUUAUUAGGUAUAUGCCGAUAAUAGUUUCACAAUAAAAUAAAAUAUAAAUUUAACUAAAUUAAUAAUGUUAAUAAUUUAUUUGAAAUUUGAAAUUAACUUAUUAUGACCUAUUACUUAGUCAGUUAAUAAAACAAUAUACAUUUUUAACGUAUUAAUUCGUUAAAUUUUCUCCAAUAAACAUAACUGUUAACAUAACUUAAUUAAUAUUAUUCAUUAAAUUGCCCAGCUUUGAUUAUGAUAAUUUAUACAAAAUUAUUAUGUAAAACUACACUACGAACACGGUUUCGCGAUUUGUGUAGCACGAGUCUUGUGGGCUAUUGCGGUUUGCCGUACGAAUAAUGCAAAUACACCUACCUACCUAGUAAACAACACACAACUGCGAAAUGUUCUCUUGAUAAAAAAAAAACCGUUUUAAUUGAUUAUCCUUCACGCAUAUACGGUUACCGACAGAGAAAAACCCCUUGUAAUCGUCGAUGAAUUCGAAUGCGAUUUCCUUCGGUAUAAAUCAUCUAGGGCGCGAGAUUAAUUACUACACGUGUGGUUUUUUGUUUUUUUUUUUUUUUUUUUUACUUUUCAUUCUUUCGAUUCGUAUCAUUGUUUACUUACUUCUCGUGUCUUGUAUGUAUUCAAUUAAAAACACAUUAACGACUAGUAGGUAUUGUUUACACAACUCGGCCCUUUUUUUUUUUCAAUAGUUACAAUAAGCCAUCAAAUUCUCACCCAAUUAUUACACGGAUUAAGAGGACGUAAUACCCCCUGUAAUUCGAUUGUAAAAACUGUUACAACUGUAAUCUUUCUGUAUUUAUAGUACAGUGACCGAAAUUUUACAACGCACAUUAUUUGAGUGGUAGCGUACCCUUUAUUUUUGAUAGCGCUAUCCGUUAAUGUUCUAUAAGUAAAUAACAAUACAACACCCACAUAACCGAAUGCUGCAAACCGAUAACUGUAUUUAUUUUAACAAAGAAAAAAAAAACACAUCGCAACACACGUACAUUUCUCCUUAAUAAUAAUAUGUUUUGCAAUUUCGAUAGUUCUACAAUGUAUGAAUGUGGAAAAAAUAGAGCUGUUUUGUGCAAAAUAUCGUUUAUCGUAAAAUGUUUAAUUUAUCGUCACACUUGUGAUACUUGUCACACGAGACUAUCUGUACAUUUUUUCGAUAGCGAAUUUUAAUAUUUUCGAAUUAACAAAUUUCCACUUUUUAAAAAUGUUUUUACAAGUAAAUCCCUUACAUAUGAGCGAUAAUUCAGCAGUAUGUCGAACAUUUAUAAACAAUGAUCCUCAAAAUUCAUAAAAUAGCUCUUCUGUAAUUUUUAAUUUUAGAUUCUAAAUUAUAGCUAAAAAUGUAUGAGCUUUACAAAGAUCUUUAUUUAUUAAUUUUUUUUUUAUGUGAGCUUUUUUUCUACCAGAAAGCUUACUAUGAUGUACACGAUAUAGAAUCUUUUCUGAAAGAAAAUUUUCUUAGAGUGGUACAUUAAGGAGGUCGCUUUUCUAUUUUUUCGGGAGUUUUCUCAACCAAUGGAAAAACCGAAAAAAAAACGGAGGAUAAACGGCAAAAUAUAAGAAUCGCAGGAAUCAGUUAAAAAAUAUUACUAAAUAUUACUCUAUUUUCUGUGAACGAAUUUUCUACCAGCAAUUUUUCUCCGGUUUAUAAUAAUAACACUUUCGCUAAAAAGAAAUCUAACUGGGAAGGUACUUUAUGGAGAUCAAUUUUUGAAAAACCAGAAAAAUUAUGAGAAUACUGGGAAAAACGUAGAUAAAACGGAAAAAUCGGUAUAGUAUUAUCAUAGAAAAUAUAUAUAAUACCCAUUUAAUUUUUUUAGCAUAAUAUACAAUAUAUACUAUUGACAAAGCAUUACUAUUAACUAAACUCCGCUCAGAAUCGGUUUUUCGUUAGAAAUGGUUUAUUGUUCAUAACAGAUAUACAUUGAAUUCCCUUCUGUACUUACCUUCUGUAAUUACCUUCUCAACUUCUCACCUACAACAGUGGUUGCACCCACGUGGGAAAUAUGUCCGUCCUUUUUUUUUUGUUCACUUGGAUAAGUAUUCUUACAGCAAUUAACAAGGAAAACAAAUGAAUAGGUAGGUUAUAAGUACCUAUAUUUGAUAAUCACAUGGUUUCAAGUUAGAAAAUUCUGCAGUAUAAUUCUUUAAUUUCUUUAUAUAUCUAUAUAAUACUUUGAUUAAAAAGUGUAGAUAAAUAGUAGAAAUGCAUUUAUUGAUAUUGAUAUUAAUAAAUAUCAAAUUACUAUUAUUGACAUUUUUCUUACUACCCUGCACCCAUCCAUUCUGCAAUCGCAACCAUGUACAUGUAUGUACAAUGAUGGGUAUCGAAAACCCUUUCGCCACGUCACUGAGCGGUAUUAUGUCCAUUUAAUUCAACGAAUGAAUUCAAUCAGUAUUGAAACUUUUAAUACCGAACUGGUAUUAUUAUUAUUUAAAUUUUUAAUAGAUAUAAAAACGAUACCUACGCGCAUAAUAAAAACAUGUUUGAAAUAAAAUCGACCAGGUAAUAUUAGGUAUAUUAAUUUAUUAUAUAAGUCACAACGUUUCACUCAAAUGAUAUUUACAAAAUAUUUCAAUUGGAUUAAUUUAGGAAAAUCAGAGUUACUGAAGUAGACAUUUUGAAUCAAUUUUUAAAAAUUUAACACCAUAUUUGAAUAGAUCGGUUGAAAUAUUCUGCGUUACCGAUUGAGUGAAGCACAUUGAAUUGUACCAAUGGUUUUAAUUACUGGAUUUGGCUUUUAAUUUUCACAUAUUCGAUGUUAGAAACUACUUUACUAAACACCAAAAUCGAUUGGUUACCUCCCGUAAGCACAUUUCAGUAGAUAAACAUUUGUUCUUAGAUACGCUAUAAAUAGUCUUUUAUCGAAUCAUCUGUCAUGUGAAACGGAGAGAUUGAUUUAAAAAAUCAAACGUCCUUGUAACGCCACUAAUCCAGAGUCCAACUAUGGACUCCAGUUUAAUGUAAACAUAUUUUUGUCCAGAGUCCCGAUUUUCUUCCCAAUUUUGCGUUUAUCAGGAAAUUUAUCAAAAUUGAACAAUUGUCCAUUUGUCUAUUAUACGGAAUGGAGAACGAAGGAAAACUAUUUAAAUCGAUACAAAUAACAAUAUUUUAAUGAAAUUUUAAAAAUAUGUUUUUUCAAUUUUAAUUUUACAAAAAAAAAAAACCAUUUUGUACUUGAACAUUUUUUUAGCUUAUAUUAAAAGGGCUUUUCGCACUUUAUCGUUUCCGUCUACGCGUUUAACGGGUGAUAUAACAAAAUCGCGUCGUGCAAAACGUUAAUUGUGGCAUUUAAGUGAAAAUUAGAGUUCUAUCGACCGUGAUAAAAUAUUUUAAAUAAAAGGAGAAUAUUAUUUUUUAGUGUGCGCUCGCGUAAUCUUUUUUUCUUUUUAAUGAUAUAUCGUCCGACGAAGACGUCAUGGUGUUUAAAAUGUUAAAAUAUUUUGCGAAUAGCUGUCUUGUAAUUUCAUUAAAAAAAAAAAAAAUGAAAGAAAAGUGAAGUUUUACGAUAAUACACUUCAUGUCAUACUGGAGAAUUGAGUUUAAUUACAACACAUUUUAAUACAGUAAGUAUACAGGUUGUAAAUAACUUUGGGAAUUAAAAAUAAACACAAUGGUCUUAUUCCUGAAAUAUUAUACACAAAUAUAUAUAUUAUUAUUUUUUUUAUCAAGUUUGAUUGAAAAUCUUGUUUGCUACUUGAAGCAUUUAGACUUUGACGUUAUUUUCGAUAUUAUAAAAUAAAGGUAUAGUAAAUAUUCCAAAACAUUUUCCAUUUAUGAAAAAACUUACUACAGAUGGCUAUAUGCGAUAUUUUGAUUUUGAAGAAAUUCUAUCUAUUUUAUUAUAAUGUAUAAUAUACUAUAAUAAUAUACGUGUUACGAGUUUUUUUCCGAUUUUUAGAAGCGUAGCAGCAGCCAUCACUCAUGCAAGUCGUAGAAAUUAUUUUUAAUAGAUGAUAAUUCCCUUUAGAUUAUAAUUUUGAUAAAAAUUGGGUUUCUUGCGAGGUUUUUUGCACUCGAAACAUCUUAUUUUAGAAACGUUACAAUAUGAUAAAUAUUACAACUAGCAAAGUUGCGAGUUCCUCGGACCUGAAGGAUAGACAUCAUGAUUGCCACUGAGACUUGUGUAAAUAGCUAAAAUUAUGACACUGAAUGAACAGUAAUGGAAUAGAUCACAAAUAUUUUUAUACUCUGAAGCAAAAUAAUUUUGAUUUUUAUUUAAUAUGUUUCGAUAGUAAAAUAUUAAGUAAAUCAUCUUAUCACAGAUUAUAUUUUCAGUUAAAUAAAAUAUAUCUCCGUGAUAUGAAAUAAUUUUUUUAAAAAAAAAAAGUUGGGAAGGUAGGAUACAUAAGGAUAUUUCAUUUAUAUCUGUAAGCAAUGAUAAACCAUUGCUUGACAAUAGACAAUUCCGAGCGCAGUUCAGCAAUACAUAAAAGUGCCGUUAUUUUCUUUGCGAUUUUCGUUUAAAUUUGAUUUCAAAACGUUUAUAAAAAAGUCGUUCGAUAAUUAUAGAAAUUUUAUCAUGUGUAGUUGAGCCAAAUAUAACUGUUAUUAUCAAGUUUCAAGUCUCUACGUGUAUUUAUGACCGAAUUACAACAAAAGAACUACUAAAAAUUUAAAUUACUUAAAAGCUCAAAAUGGGCCAUAUUUUUGGUCAUGAUAUAGUGAGAAAAUAAAUAAAAAAGUAAAAAAAAAAGAUAUUUUCUAAUUUUCAAUUGAAUCAUUUUUUCCGGUAGAAAACGUCGUCCGUGUUUUUAUAAAAUAAUGACAACAUGAGCUUUCAGAAAAGUUGCUACACGUACAAAUUGAAGCAAGUUCACUAGGAAAAAACGUGUCUACAGACUAGAACAAAGAAGAAAAAAAAAAUAAAAACUAAACAGCAUUGUAAAACCAAUAGUUCCCACGCUACGCUCGAAUCUAAAAUACAAAAAAAUAUAAACUACCCCUACACUCGAUAGGUUUGAGGGAAUAAUUUUAACUUUGUGAAAUUACAUUUCUCAUCACUUGACAUAGAAUUAAUCGACCACCUCUCAGCGCGAUAAAUAAAUGGAAAUGGAAAAACUUAUUUCUUCGAAAAUUUACGCAGUGGACCAAACAAUCUACACUAUAAUAUGCAUGUUGAAAUAAAAUAUCUCUGGCCCACAAAAAAUAUAGCAAAAUAUUAUUCGUCAUUUUAACAAUAUUUGUGAAUAAAAAACUUCUGCUGGAAAAAAUAUUAAUCGCAUUAUUAAUUUGAAUUUUUUGAAUUGUGAUCAGUUGUGAAAUUAUAAUCAGUUAGGGAGUCUAAGUUAGGGAGCACUGUGCUUAGCCCUUCGGGAUCGUCUGAAAUACCCCAAUGUAGAGGCCGAGCCCCGUGGGUGCCCCGAGCACCACAUUUAUUUAAUAUUCAGUUGGACUCAAGCCCUCCCAAGGUUCAUGAGCUAAUUGCGCCACUGAUUAGAAUUAAAUAUGUUCGAAUAGUGAAUUUAAAUGAAUACAUAAUAUUUAUUUCAAGAGUAGUAAAAUAAUUUUAGACUUAGUGUACUUACCGAAAAACCUAAUUUAGUUUUAGAUACCAAAAUAUGUCUUUUUUUUCACAUGGUUAGUAAACAAUCGUAACUAAUAUUAUAAUAUUGUUAAUUUCUAUUUGUAAUUAAAGUUGAAAAGUGUAUGUUUGUAAAAAAAAAAAAAAAAAACGUUUUAACUAUACAAUCCUAUUCCUGCUCGACUUCCAACUUACAACAGAGGUCUAUGCAACCUUAUGCAAAGUAUCUAUGUUUAUAUCUACUAUUUUUUUACCUUUACAAUACAUAUAUCAUAUUUAAAAUAUUCAAUCGAUUUGACUGCCGUGGACAAUUAUCCAAAUAGAUUCUAAACGAAUUUAUUAAAAAAAUAUUUGAUUGUAUAAUGCUAUUGUUACAUUAUUGUAUCCAGAAUAACUAUUGCCCUAAAAGCACACAAAUGUGCCUCUUGCCGAUGUUCGAAAACGACUGAUAAACAUCGUAUAAAUAUGGGUGGUUAUUGAGUUGCUUGAAAAUUAUUGUAUUACAGUGUGGGUUUUAAAUUUAAAAAUUAAAUACAACUUAGUGUACCUAUAGGUAUAAUAUUUUAUUAUAAUGCUGCAGUCGACCGUAUGCGAGUAGAUCCCAUUUGUACUUAAAAGCAACUGCGUUAUAACUUAUAAGCGCAUUUAUCCGAUAACGUUUUUUUCUUUUUUAACGCAAGUAUUUUUAGGAUAAAAUAUUAUGUAAGUACUAUAGUUAUACAGAAUACAUCAUAUUAUAAUAUUAUGAAAAAAAAAAAAGUUUUUUUUCUUAUUGAUGACACGGCUCGGUGCACAGACGAAAUGGAUACCGAAAAAGUAAAAAUAAAUAAAUAAGAUUUAUAUAUUUAUUUUUUUAGGUAACUACGCUUAUUUCUGUUAUAAAGUACGCGUAUUAAACUUUAUCAAAACUUGACGACAAAUACGUACCGACGUAUAAAACAUCUCGCGGUAAACCGUUUACCGAUAUAUCAUUUUUUACUGCAUUAAUGGAGUAUUUAAGUUCAGUUAUAAGUAUAAUAGUAUGGUGCUAAGUUUUUCAAAAUAAAAAUACGGAAAAUUUUCACGCUUUACCGCCAGUGGUAUAACAAUAUCAUUAUUUUUAAAAUUUAUGUUUGAUUAAAACGUAAACAGUUGAUAAAUGACCACUGUAUAUUAUGUUUUAAUAAGUGCCGUUGUAUCUUAUAUUUUUAUUCUAUGUGGAUAAGUUAACCUCAUAGAAACCUAAUUAUUUUAGAUUUAUGCGAUCAUUGAUAGUGUGACCAAUCAACAUAAAAAAUUUGACGAAAUGUUGAUUUUCAAAAUUGCCAAUUAUCAUCACACGGAAAAAUUAUUGAAAUAAUAUUAAAUCAGAUUAUUAUAUUUAUCCUCCUAAGACCACUAGACGGAAAUGCAUCGGACAUUUCAGCAUUAUAAAGAACGAUCCUUUAAAAUACAGGAAUUCUGAGUACGCUAUACAAUUGGCACGUUAAAAUGUUAAAAAUCGAGUGCGUAGUAUGAAUUAAUAAACGUAUAGUCAUUUUAGACUUAAAGUAUCGUCUGUAUUAGUAUAUUAUGUUCUUUUUUUCCGUUUUUAUUUUAAUUUAUUAAAAAUCUCGCAAAACACGGAAACAUUUAAUCUUCAAUUCAGAUUCUGUUAGGUCAUCAAAAUAUUAUUAUUGUAGUUUUCACAAUAUUUUUUAUACACGCGUAAAAUAAUGCGAUUAAUAUUGACGUACAAAAGAAUAAUAUUGUUUCGAAUUAAAUGAAGUGAAAUUAAAUUACUGUAUACUUGUGUUUCUUAUACAAUUACGUUUCUUAUAAUAACUUACUGUACUUUUACUCGAUUUAAUAUUAUAAAAAUAACAUACAAUUUUUGUACAAAUGCUAUUGGGUAAUUAUUUAUAACACCAAUUUUAUUAACACGCAAAAGAUUUUUGAAACACGAUUUGUAUGUAAAAAAAAAAAAAUGUCCAUGAUCAGAUCUCAGCUAUUUGUUGCCAUUAUAAUAAUUAUUUAUUCAUUUUUUUUUUAAACUAUUAUAAUUUGUCUAAAAUAGUUAUGCUAGCCAAAAAUUCACAAGGGUAUUUAUAAUAAUAUCAUGUUUUAUACUGAAUUAAAUCAAAUUAGUUAUUUAGUUAAAAUUUAUAUUCAACAGACAUAUUUCAUUAAUCACUUCUACCCUUUCCCUGUCUUAUUUCGUGGUCUACUAAUUCCUUCCACGUUUAGUUAUCAAAGUAUUAUAUUAUAAUUUUCCAAUAAUGAUAAGUAAUUGAACGAAAAAGUUUCAUCAAAAUAGGUAGAGUAUAGUUUUCAGGAAUGUUGCGAACAUACAAAGACGGUGGGAACGAGGGUUGGAAGUUGAAACCUUCUAAAGACAUAUACUCGACAACAAAACUAGUAUACAUACAUAUAUAUAUGUACACUAAUUUUAACCCCUUUUUUCACUUAUUUUGAAACGUGACAUUUUUGUUACUCCAAUAAAUUUAUGAAACAAAUGUUAUUCCUAAUUUUGAGCUAAUUUGGUCCAUAUAGCGCCACUAAAAGUGUCCAAAAGUAGCAGAAAAAAUAUUUAUAUACAUAUAUAAAUCUAUAUAUCAGACAUAAUACAAGAAAAUAAUCUCUACUUUUGAGGAUAAUGUGACAUAAAGUUUAUAUAAAAUGUCCAUUUAUUUUUUCAACCGUAUUUUUUUGUAAUAUUAUUAUUACAUUUAAAUUUAAUAUAGCGCUGACUGUUUUAUAUACCGUUAAAAUGAAAUAAUGUCACAUCGGAAAAACGUCUCUCAAAAAGAUAGGAUAUGACGUGUAGAAUGAAUAAUAGAAAACCAUAUAUCACAAUAAAUGAUCUGGUUCAUGGAAAAAGGGUCCUACCGGCCACCGUGCACAUUCCACUUUGAGAAAUAAAAUUUGUUUUUUGCUCAGCUCUUUUUAUAUUUGCUAUAAAAUGAAAAAACUCACCGUUAUUGGGCUAUAUUAGCCCAAUGAUUGCCGGUGAUAAGGUUUAAGGUCCGUUUUUAGUACAUUAGUGUUAUACCUACUAAAAUACUAAAUCAGUGAGUAAUUGGUAUGAGCCGAAGUUCCUUUUGGCAUACACCAAAUCAAAUAUUAUUUGUGUUUUGUCGCUUUACAAACACGACGACUCUCCAAUCGGUCCAAUAAAAUGUUUUUAGUUAGACUAGAUCAGAAUGUAAAAUAAAAAGAAAAGAAGACGGACAUACUUUGCACGAUGGGUGUGCCACUGUUGUAGGUGAAAAGUUGAGAAGGUAGGAUAUAGAGGAGAAUUUAAUGUAAGGCUAUGACACUCUGACACUCUAUCUGUAAUUCAUAUUUUCAGUCGUGAUGCCUCGUCACCUCAACACGAAAGCCUCGUGAAAUCUUCGUAAGAGACGUGCUUGAGAUAAUACAGAACUGGGAGAAUAGGAUAUGCUGGGGCAGGAGGCUCUAUAAUAGCUUUUAGAGGGUGUUUCGUCGGCAAGGGAACGCGUAAUCGAUCCAAGAAACGUAUAAACCCGAUGACGUGAUAUGAAUUAAUUAUUAUACUCCGCAAUAUUAUUGCCACUACUUACUGCAGCAGUAUUACCGUAUGAAAAAAAUAGAAAAUGUAAAUUUAAACAAGCCAGACGUACAUGUUUUAUUUUCUAGAGUACCUUACUGCACAGGUGAUUUUCCAACAAUAAAAUAUUAUUAGGUAUAUUAUAACAAUAAUAUUAUAAUAAUCCUAUAUAAUAAAUAAUGUCAUUUUUUAUUGAAAUUGAUUUCGGUCGUUAUUAUAUUGAAUUAUUUAUUUAGAUUUGCCUUUAAUGCUACACUUAAAAUUAUUUUUUGUCGCACCGCUAUUUUUCAACGGUAAUUUAUUUUAAGAAAUGCUUAAACUAUAAACCGCAGUUGAAUUGUGGCUUGACUAUUUAAGUAUUCCUUAAAUAUGUUAUUAAUAUUUCAAAUACUGAUUGUAGUUCACAAUUUACUAACGACAAUAAUAUUAUAGUAGCAAGAAUAAAUUCGUUUUCGUGUUUCGUUUAGGUUUCAACAUUAGUUUUGGUUUUGCUGUUUACGGUUUGAUGUUUGUGAAAUAACUAUCAAGACGAAGAUAUAGCCAAUAUUGUAUUUCGAUUUUAUCUAGAUAAAAAAAUAUUUAUAUAUAUAUAUAUAUAAAUAUUUUGUAUUGUUAUUCAGAUUAUAUUUUAGAUGAUUUUAUCCAGAUGAUCCCGACACGUGGGUACAUCAAUGUGUGUAUAAUAAUAUAACGUCGUUCGGACCCCAUUAUAAUAUUAUAAGCGAGUCGUGCGAUCGAUGGAAAGUCUACAACGCGGUCGGACGGGAACGGUACCGUGGCGAUUAACAUAAUAAUAAUAUUAUUAAAAUAUAUUAUGGGCUAUAUAAAGGCAGGGCUGGGCUGUAAUACGCGUGGUGAAUUUCACUGUCGUUGAAAAUUAUAAUAAUACUAUAGCCUGUAGGUUUUAGUGGAGCUAUAAUACCCGCGAUGUCGUUCCCCGAAGAAUUUAUAAUCUCGUACGUAUCUAUACAGACAUACCACCUUCUAUAAAUCCACAGAAAAAAAAAAAAAUUAAUAUUUGCAGGUGAUAAAGUUUCACGUUAGAUAAUAUUAUCCACUAACCGCCCCAAAUAUUAUAAUACGUCCUAAUAUUCUAUCAGGCGUAGGCUAUGAUUAAUAACAAAAUAUUAAUUUAACAUAUAUUAAAGAACAAUACAUUUAAAACAAAUUAAUUAUACCAUGGUUAUAUAACGAAAUAUUAAAAUAAUAGUAAAAAGAAAAAUUAUGUUAAUAAAAAUAUUUUCUCACGUAUAUAACAUGAUAAUAUCGAAAUUAAGUUAGAGAUUUAGUACCUAAAUGAUUUGAUAUUUUAACGUUUUCCCCCAAAACAACAUCUGAGGUGAAAACGGAAAACUGACCACGUAUUAUGUUUAGUGGAUGAUAUACAAACAAAAAUUGUAUAAGGCAUUUUUCGGUAUUUUAAACAAUAUUUCCCAACAGCCAUUUUAUAUAAAAAGCAUUUUUCCAUCGUAUAAAUACCGGUGGGGAAAACGGAAAAUCUGAUUAUUGAUUAUUUUAUUGCCGUCGAGAGUUCAUUUUAAUAUAACGAACUUAUGUCAAAUUUUCAAACAACUUCGAUUGGUCGAAAAAGACAAUUUUAUUCAUUGGAAAACAGUAAACACGAACUUGCUGCAGGCGAUUGAUCUUCCCUUUCGACGUUCUCUUCUCUUUGGAUUAAUUCCGUUUUUUAUUUGUUGCCAUAUUGUAACGCGGCGUUUGUAAAUACAUUCAUUUUUUUCAACGGCCAAAUACCGACGAGUGAUAGGAUGGCAGCGAUGGCGGCGUUUAUUUUACAGUAGAUGUACUACCUAUAUAGAAUAAGCCGUAGUUCGAGUUUGUUCGUCUGACGCGGGGUUUUAUUUUUUAAACGCGUUUAUCGAAAAAAAAAAACCUCUUCGACCGUAAACGGAGUGUUGUAGGUAUUCGGGGCAGCGUUGUGUAGUUUUGUUUUUCCAUCGAGGAUUAUUCUGCACCAGCAGCUGGCAGCUGUUGUUGAAAAUAUAACUGUUUAUGAGUACUUAUUAUAUACAGGUAUAUAGGUUUAUAGUUGGUAUAGUUACGUUAAAUUUUAUUAUCACACCCGAUAAUAGAUCGAGUUGAGCUUCGGUGCGUACGGCGUUUACAUCGCAUGGCCGCGCGCUGUACUUCUAUACAAUAUAAUGUUUGGUUAACUGUAGGAAUUCAAAGUAUCUAUAAGGGCGGCCCGUCUCGUGUUUGUCUGCGGGUAAACGAAUUACUAUCAGAUUCUGUACUCAUCUCGUAUAUACCUACGUCGCGGACGCUUGGUUAUUGUUUUGGAUUCUGAGCGUAGUAAGGAAUUAUUGGUGUUGGUUUUACUAUGAUGUGUGUAUGUGUUUUUUUUUUUUUUUCACUUUUUUCAUGCCUAUAAACAACUUUUAUACCAUAAAAUAUUGCUCCGACCAUCAACAUGGUGGAUGUUUUCCGAUACCAAAUUUCGUCCAUUUGUUGCGUUGAGAGGUAAUUUUUGUGAUUUUUCUUAGUUUUCUUAAUAAUUGGUGAACAAACAUUUGGCGAAAAUGUACGCAGUAUCGGUUUCUGUUAUUUUGUUGUACUAUAAUAGCGCCACCUAGACGUCGUAUAAUUUUCAAACCAUCAUUCUGGUCGUUUUUAAGUUAUUUAUAAGAUUCGAUAUUUUACAGCGGGUUCAGACCGAUUUGCCUGUGUGACCUGUUGUGCAUCAACAUAAAAUAAGUUUUUAUGUUCGAUUUAAAAAAAAAAAAAAAAACGUUUAAAAAAUGAUAUUAUCGUCAACGGCGAUGAUUGAUGGGCUAACGGUGGCGGCGGAAAAUUUCCCGACGACUAAAAUAUUCAACAGCAGACACUUAAUAUAAUUAAUACGACGGCGGCUACCGGACCUUUUAAUUAUCUACUCGUCAGUUACCUACCUAUAAAAAAAAAAAAAAGUUUAAAUCCCUUUAUCGAGGGUUUUUUUUUUUUUAAUUUCCGAGAAGAGCGACUUUUGACAGAAUUUUUUUUAAAUAUUGUAUACACACGCCGGCCGUCAUACGCACACGUCAAACGGUUAUUACCGCGUGUGCUGGCGUUUCCGACGGAUUAACGUUUAAAAUAUAUAUAAAAAAAUAUAUAUAUAUUUAAAACUAUUAUGCGCAGGCGGUUGUUGUUUUUUUCCCUCGUGCGUCGCGUUGGGCAAAACUAGAUUUUAAAAAUAUUUUUUUCGACCGUGGCACAAGUAUAAAAUAUACAAUGUAAUAUUCGAGAGAGUUUAUAUGGAAAUCAUGAAAUAUACAUUUUGCUUGUCGACUAAACCACGGAAAUGCGAAUACCUCCUCCAUAGAUUAGACGUGUCCGUGUACCGGCGCUAGACGAGCUCGCAGACGAUUGGAAAUUUAUUAGUCGAACUUCGCGUCUAUAACUUUACGAUUUCUUUUUUUUUUUUACUUUGACAUAGUGGUGCGUAAAAAAAUACUUUACCGCACUGCUUUGCUAUUAUAUAUAUAUAUAUAUAUAAAUAGGAAGCGCAACGUACAUAGAUAUUUUUUUGUUACCUCCCGAGUCACCCGGAAAGAGUUGUGCAUAAAACAUGUCAAGUGCAAACGUAAAAAAAUAAACAAAACACCCGGAUGACCAUAUUGAUCAACAGCAGCGGCGGCGUUGCAAAUUAACUCGUACUGAAAAAGCCUGCGAGUGUUUUGUACAUCGUUGCUACGCUUCUCAUACAGGAAACUGCUCGUGGGUAGGCUACUGUUGUUGGAGUGAAGUUGAGAAGGUAUGAUAUCUAGGGUAACUCUAUUUAUAUAUAUAUAUCAUUACGAAAAAUAAUUCAGUCUGAAUUUGGGUUUUGAAAUGUCACGAUUUGUACGAUUUUCAUCAAGAAUUUAACUUUAAACGUUAGUAAAAAAAAAAUAUAUACCACACAUUACUUUUAUUUAAUUUUAUUUAUUUAUUUAAAUUUUAAACGGGCCAGGUCCAAUAACAUAUACAAUUAUAAUAAUUUAUAUACGCUCAAUGUUUUUAGCUUCUGAAUGGAACGAGAGAUCUGUUGUUUUUACAUGUGUUUUUUCUUUUUAAAUUUAAAAUUGUUUUUCUGUAAAUAAUUUUUUGGAUAGAAAACUUGUUCCAAUCGAAAAAAAAAACAAGAGAACUCUUUUGUCGAAUUUUUGAUUUAGUUGCUGCAGAAGUAAAAAAUUGUAAUUUUUCAAGCAGUUUUUAUAAUAAUUAGGAAAAAGACGUAAAAUGAAAACUGACAAAUUAACAGCAUUAUGAUUUUAUUAUUCUAUACAUUUAUAAGGUUCAUGUUUUCUACUAAAAAUAUUGCUCCAGUCCAAAAAAUAUAACAGACUAUUUUUGUUGAAUUAUGGAUAUAGUUAGUUAAAAAAACAGUAGUUUUUUUUAAUAAUUAGGCAAAUCCGGAAAAAAACGUAUGAAAAACGAGAAACUUUUCAGAAAUAAUGAUUUCAUUAUUUUAAAUUUUGUUCUUUUGUUGUAGUUUAGUUGUUAAAAAUAUUUAUAGAGAUUUGAAUUUUGAAAAAAGACUUAUACUUGCAUUUCCUAUAUGUGAUAAUAUUUUAAAAAUAUUUUGGAGAUUUUUAAGCUAUUUAUUGACAUUGUGUAGCUAAAAUAGUUUGACCAAUCGGAAAUCCUUGACAAUUUAACAGGAGGUUUAUUAUAAGUUGUUCUUAGUAGUAAAAAAAAAAAAGAUAAGAAAGUAAAGUGUUAUGAAAUUAUUUUUUUUUCAUAAUGGGUUGAAAUCAAAUUUUAAUGGAAAUCCGUUAAUAUUAUGGCCUUUCUAACAUGAAUAAACGAAUUUCGUUAUCAAUGGUGUAUCGUUGCUUACAGAUAAAAAUUAAUUAACUUUAUGUUCCCUAUCUUAGUACCUUCCCAACAUCUCACCUACAACAGUGUCGCACCCUUCAGCAGUAUCAGCUUUUUUAAUUGUUUUUAAUUUAUUAAAGCCAAUGUAAAGAAUACGACAUACUAUGUAAAAGAAAAAAAAAACGUUUAGACGUUUGUGAAAUAUAGUGUUCAGUAAAUUCGCUAUUUAUUAUUAGUAUACCUCGGAAAUGUUUACUACUUUAUGAUAAAACGUGUUUUACAAGACUAAAAAAAUAAAGCACGUAACAUAAGAGUGUAAGACUUAAGCAUUUUCGCUAAUGUCCGGACUAUAGAACCGUUUAUAGAUAAAAAGAAAAACCCAUUUGUAUAAUAUUAUAAAAAGUGCGUAUUUUUUUUUUUUCUAUAUAACAAUCGUUCAUUUUUAUCACAAUAAUAAAGCCGAAUUUCAUAAAUGAGCGUUAUAAUUACUUAUUUUUAUGAUUAUAAUACGGCUAUACUUUAUCUUAAGUCCAACACUAACAGUGUCGUAUUACGGCUUAGACUGUUUAUAUGCUUAUAUGUUUAUGCAUCCCGCAACGUAUACCUACGUAUUUUAUAUAAUUUUGAAAAGGCAACAAAGGGUUGACAAAACAGCGUAAAGUUUUUCCCAUUUUCUGAUUUAGCCUUAGAUAUAAAUGAUAUAUUAUGAUAUGGAACAACGUGAUAGUCGACUGACUCUAUGAGUAAAUUUGUAGGUUAACAGCUUGGAGGUCGGAGGACGAAUUUUAUCGAUCGACCCAUGACAUAUUUGUUCAUGUUAUGGAUUAUGUGAUACAUAUAACAUUCUAAAUAACAAUAAUAAUUAUACUAAUUAGAUAAUAAUAUGUUUUUCUUACUUCAUUUUAUAAAUUGCUUUUAACUUUAUCGACGAUUAGUAACUCGUGGUUAACAGGAAUGUUUGUUAAUAUGCUGCAAACUUUAUUUAAUUUUUUUUUCUAAACAGUAAUAAUUUUACCAUCUACUUUCAUAGAAUAGAUAUUUUUUUUUUGAAUUCAAGGUGUGUUGGACAAGCCCGGCUAAAGAUAUUCAGACAAUUUUUAAAUUGUAUCCACAAAAAGAUAAUUAAUACAAAAAUGUUAAAAAUAACAACUGAAUAAAUUUUAAUGUAAAAUAAAAACAUAAAUAAUAUAAUUGUAAAUAUAUUAGUUUCCACAAAAGGUCAUUAGCGAAAAGAUAUUAUUAAAAGCAAUGAAAUGCCAACAAACACGAAUCGAACGAUUAAAUGCAUAAAGAAUGUAUUAAUUUACUGUGGACAAAACGGAGGCGCCCAGAGUUUUGUGGCUUCCAGGCCGUUCUCCCCCCUCCUCCUUAAUCUGGGCUUAAUGUUGGAUUUAAAAACAAAAAUUAAUGUGCGUGCGGUUUGAAUUUUGGGAUAUAAAACAGACUCUAUGUCAUUAAUCUCUUCUAUAUAUUAGUGUAUUAUACGCUUUUUGCUAUACAAAAACUUGAUCAUGGAAUUUCUUUGUACAGUUCUUACCCCUUUAGUCUUGAUUAACAACGAAAGUAUAAUGGAUUCGGAAAUUGAUAUUAUUUGGAAAUAUUUUCAAUUUUUUUUAAUGCUUUGUUAAAGUAGAUGUUUAAAUCUGUAUACAUUGGUUUAAAAACUCGAGUAUGUUCAAUUAUUGCUAUGCAUCGGCUUAGCGUGCUGAAAUGUAAAGAAAAAAGAAAGUGAAAAACAGAAAUUAAUUGCAGUUCGUUUUUAUUCGUAAAAAUGAAAUAAAUUAAAUUGCAUUAUUCAGAGAGUAUAAUAUAGUUAUGCAUAGUGACAUUUACAAACAUUUUACGAUACACCGUGUUUCUUUUAUUUGGCACCGUAUACGUGUACAAAUUUAAAUAUUAAACUUUUGUGAGGUACCUACUUCAGUCAAUAAUAAUGCAUAUUAUUAUACAAGAAGGGAAUACGAAAUGACGGCGGUUAAUCAAUAAUAUUAUCGUCAGCGGUUAUUAAAUAUUUAAAAUGGAAAAAUUAUAUUAUAAAAUCGAAUAACGGCGGGGAAACUUUUAUAACUACAUAAUAUAUUGAUUAUUAUUUAUAAAAAUAGUUUGAUUCGAACUCGUUUAUUAUUUUUUAUUUUUUUUUUUAAGAUUAUGAGUGUAGCGAAAAAGCUAUUAGAUGCACUAUGUGCGUGUUUUUCCUCCCGGAAAACGCUUUUUCGGUUAGUAAAAAUUGUUCGAUUUGUUUAUUUCGUAUCUUAAGUGAUGCGAAUUUUUCGCCCAUAAGUAUUUUAUCUUCACUCCCAACUUUUUUUUUUUUUAUACAAUUUGUAAAAACUAACGAUAACUAUCGAUAAAUCAAUUUAAUUUUUUUGAUUUCUGGGUUACUUUUGAGUUCUUUGGAUACGGGAAAAAAACACAUCUGUUACUAAUACCAUUCUGCUCAGAAUUGUUAUUUUGUUUGCAAUUAUUUACUGUCAUAUAAUGUUUACAAACUGAAUUACUCUGUAUAUCUCAUCUUCCUAACUUCCAAUAUACAAGAGCGGCUUACCCAAGAGCAGAUCAACUUUUUUUCAGUUGUAUUUUAUUCGCCUGCGUACACAAAAGACGAUGAAAAAAAAUGUCUAGAAAACCGCUAGAAACAUCAAAACGAAAUGUAAAAUAUAUCAUGUCAAUGUUUAAUCAAAUAUAUACGAGACAAGAUAUCUCACAAAGAUAUUAUAAUUGAAUAUUAUAUUAGAGUGUAUACUACAAAACAUAUUAUGUCGUCGUAUUGAAUACGGUAAUUUCUUACAUUUUACCGUAUACAAACAAUAUUGAAAUAUUUUAUUACAAUAAUUUAGUUUGUAUUUUCUAGAUGUAGGUACGUCUCUCUAGCUAUGUCUUAUCAAAUUUUCAAAAUGUUGACGAUUGGAACAAUAUUAUUCUGCUCGAAGUCGUUCAGUGACAGAAUAUUCCUCCCAUUGUUCGGAAUCUAAAUAAAUAUUGUCCUUUCUUUAUACGGCGGAAAGAAUAUUAUUAUAUUUCGGUCGAUUCGCAGUGAUUUUACAAAAACAAAAAUGACCAAUUUACAUUAUCUUGACGGAAAAUGUAUUUCCUCUUAUUUUUUUUUUUUUUUUUGUCUAUAAACACGAAAUAAAUAUUAUGAACUUAUAGUAGUCCUACAAUAACAAUGAUAAUAAUAAAUAACACCGGCAAUGAAAAUAAUAUUAGACGUUAUCGAUACGCCUGAAAAGAUACGUGUUUUCUGGGUAUUACGUUGAAGAAAAAAAAAUUGAUAAUAUCUGCAAUUAUUAUUAAAUCGAUCCAUUAUUAAUAUGCGAGGAAAAAAAAUUCCUAUUUUCAUACGAAUCGAACAAUAUUUUUAUCGCCGUGUUUGUAUUAACAUAGUAUAUUGCGCAUUUUAGAAUGGCAUUUUCGUAUUCGAUUUUCACCACACGCCGACACGUCUCUUAUUUGCAUAUUGCAUUAUUGUCUAUUAUUAAUUACUGUUGAUUUAUUGUACAGAAUUUUCCAUCGAACUGCCCUCAUGUACACUGUUUACUUUUUUUCUACUAUUACCAGUGCAGUAGUUAUAAUUUGUGUGGUGUGAUAAUAUUCAUAUUUUGCUCCUUAAAAUUGUUUUUUUUUUUUAGACAGUAUCGACUUUCGAUUGACGCAAAUAAUUCGAUCACUAUAUUAUUGUAAUUACAAAUUAUAAAAUAACAAGUCGCUUUUUUAAAAAAAUUCAGGUCAGACAUUCUUUUCCUCGGGAAAUAUUUUUCCAAAAGUCUACUAGGCCGUGGCCAAUAAAAAUCGAGAGAGGGAUAUUUACAUUUUGAUUACAUUUUAAACAUAAUAUUAAAUGCAAUAGCACCUUCAAAGCAUGCUAAUUCAAGCCGAGGGAACUUUUUUUAUAUGAUUUCAUUCUUAUCUUAUUUGGCCACUUUUUACGUAGGCGUGUUUUUCGAUCAUUUUAAUUUAUUGUGUUCGUGUCUACUACCAUCCAAAAAAACAGUACGGAAUUUCUUUCCUCAUUUGGGCUUUUGGUGGAAAUUUUAUGUUUUUAUAAAUACGACGGCAGAAUUAAUAAACAUAUUUUAUUUUCAAAGUUAAAUAUGAAUACCACAACGUUUAAAAUAAAUGUAAGCCAUUUGGGCUAACGAUCUAGGCCGAUGGUCAGGUCAUCACGAUUUUCCCGAUGUCUCGACGGGUCAGGUCGUCCUUGUUCAUACUAGAGCGGACUUGACAAGAAUAUCAUUAUAUUAUAUCAUAAUAUUUAAUAUAAUCAGUCAUUGCAGUCUAUGCAUUAAGUCGAACUUUUGAAAAAAAUAUCCAGAUAUCUACGUACGAUAUAGUUCUAAUAUUAUAUCUGACGACAAUGAUCGAUGGCGUGUAAAGAGAGAAGUUUAUUUUUUUUUUUCGAAAAUGUGAAUAAUUUUCAAAGGACGUGUCGUAUCGCGGAAAUGAAUAAAAUAUACACUGAACAUAAUAAUAUUAUUCUGUUUCCCAUCGACCCCAUCGACCCUAAAUUGCGUUCUGUUUUUUAUCUUCGCCUUUAUCCCAAGCAAGUGAGGUUAUCUAAAUUUCAUUCUUGUCGUCCGAAUUUCCCUAUCCACCUUCGUAUCUCUCCCAAAAAUCUGUAUAGCUAUUCUUUCUUUACCCGAUACCUAUUCACUGACUCCCGUCUACACUUAACUCUCUUAUAAUUCUUCUAUAUAGCUGCGGUUGUUUGAGUAUUAAAAUGUACCCUGCAGUCCACCGCAUGCGAUUACAAUCUUGUUUUAUAAAACCUAACUAAUCUCCCGUCCUUUGUUGACCGCUGGCACUCACGAAACCUUUGUUUUCUUCAUAAUCUGAUUUCCGGAGUCAUUUAUCCGCUCCAAACCUUCUCUCUAUUAUUAAUAUUUUAAAGUCUCCUUUUAUACAAUCCAUCACCAACUACUUUUAGCCAUACGAGCUUAUUACUCGCACGAUGAAGUUAGUUAAUGACGAUGACCGACUAUACCUAUUAUCGUUUGUUUAACAACGUUUAGUAAUUAAUACGUUUGCUAGUUGUAUUAUUUGUCUACUCGCAAGCCACAGGGCGAAAUCCCGUUUAACUGUAAAUAAAUAAUAAUAUUAUUUAACGAUAUUGUCGUCUUGAAUAUGGCACUGUUCUAUUUUUUUUCUCUUUUUCUCAUGAUGCAUCCAACUCAAGUUGUUUUACUGCUAUAUCCGUAACUCCUGCUUGACUACGUCUUACGAUAAAAUCAUUCCUAAUCCGAAUUUUGGUGAGUAUUUGGUACGGGUUUCGCUUUAUCCUAACGAUAUCACGGUAUAUAGAUACAGUUCAGUGAUAAAAAACUAAAAUCUCGGAGAAAAAUUUCAGAAGCAGUUUCGUACACAACCCCAACAGUGUAAUAUGCAAUAACAUUUGCGUUGCUAAAGCGGAUACCAUUAAAUAUUGUCGUCGCACAGCACGUACUCCGAUAAUAGCGAUAUGGCAAAUUACCUACAUUCUUGAAGUCUGACCAUCGCGCCAAAAAUGUGUAUACGGAACAAUAUCAUUAUUAUUAUGGGAAGAGAUGUAGACGUGCGGACGCGGUGCUAGGUUUAAAUAUAAUAUGGAUCUUAGUUCGACGAUUUCUACGAUACGAUUACUAUAUUAUUGUUGUACUAUAUUAUUAUAUUACUAUACGUACGCGCGCGCUCGUUCGUGGUGACACGCCACAGAAGACGAGACGAGAUAAUGGACGCGCGAUGAUAAUGUGACACGUGAUAACAAUAAUAAUAUUAUUAUAUCGAAUGAAAAUUAUUAUUAUUAUUAUACGGAUGUCAUCAGCGGUGUUUAAACGGGCACGCGUCUCAUUCUGCGAGAGAGAGUGAAAAAAAAAAGAUAAUUGGUUAAGUGAUGAAAUAUCCUAAAAAACAUUUUUUUUCCCCCUUGUUUGCUCGCCUUACGUCAAAUAUAAUAAUACCGACCGCAUUGUCGACGAGUUUUGUCUGUAAAUACGUGCGAGGCUGUGUAACCGAUAGCCGCAAGUAAUUUUAGGUGGUAGCCCGGUAGUGACGAACGGUAAACAUAGUAAAUAGGGAAAUGUCUUAUUAGUCGUAUUAGGAGUAGUCGUUGUAGUGGUAGCUCGACGAGCCCUUGUCCCGAUAAACGAUAAUAAUUCGUAUCGUCCCGCUAUAAUUAUUAUAUUAUUAAACCCCGUGUGUUUCAAUUUAUGUGUAUAUUAUUAUGAUUAACCAUGUUUUUUUUUUGGAAUUUGUUGAUGGCAGUUUUGAAUUUCUUCCCGGUGCCGGUGACCGAAGAGUGCUUGUCCGACGAUUCCCGCAGAACAGGUAACGUUUAAUUCUUGCUACUUUUUAUUACAUAUCAUUUAUUAUGUACGUACUGGGCCCGUAUCGAUUAUAAUUCCUUGAAUUUUUUUGACUAUUUUAAAGCGGCAUAUUUUUUUAUAUAUCCUUUCGAAAACCGAAAUACUUAAAAAAAAUAAUUAAACUUAACGUGGUUUACCGUUCCCACACCCGUCCUUAUUACGAUUAAUCGAUUUCGUUUUCACAAAUACCGAAAACACUCAACUGUUAAUUAAGUUGAAUUUGGGAAAUCCGGCUUUGAGUGGCAUGCAGGCCCGUUUGUCCACUUUCGAACAUUUCUGUACAUCUAUACGUACAUUUUCAGAACUUAGUAUGCACAAAUUCAAUUAUAGAUCGUAUACAUACAGACAAUCUAUUUAACAUUUUUUUUUUUUGUAUUAUUUCGAAUCUGACACCAUUAUUGUAUUUACAUUUCAAACAAAAUAGUAAUUUGAAGUUGCCUACGAUUUGUAUAAGUUUCCGUACAAUCGAAAGCCUACUUCUAUUGAUAUAAUACGAAUUUAUUGAGAAAUUCGUUUUUACGCAUACUUUAAUAGUACCUAUUGAUUAAUCAUAUUAAUACAUUAUAAUGGUUCUGUACAUACUUAACAAUUAUUGUAAAAUUGUUUUCAAUUGCGAUUAUAUUAUGCAUAAUUUUUCUAACGUUACAUUAUUACCACGGUUGGGAAACAAUAAAGCGUUUGCAUAUUUUGUACGAGAUGCUUUCAAAUCAGCAAAUUACUAAAGCUUACAAAUUUGUUUCGUGGUAAAGAAUUUUAGAAUUUAAAAUUUCAAUUCACAUGUUUCACAAUUUCUUAGGUCUGUACUUUCUUUUUGGACUUUUUGAAAUAUGUUUACAUUUUGACGUACUAGUUUUUAAUUAAAGUUGUAGGUAAUAUAGAAUCUACUAUUUUAUAAACCUAUAUUUAGAACAAUUUUAUACUGCAUAUAAGCAUAAUUUCAUUCAAUAAUCAUUGUUCGAUAUUUUUUUUUUUUGAAGUCAUAAAUAUGCCGUUUACAUUGCAUGUUCAAUGAUAUUAGGGGUAGGUUAUAUCAUAGAUUGCGGAUAAAUGUGCAAUUUUAAUUGAUAUAAAAUCUCAGUCAUGAAUAUUAUAACGGAAACACAGAAAACGCUAUUAUUAUUUUUUAAAAUUUUAAUAUACAGUUAGUAAUUUCUCUUCUCUUUAGACGAAUAUAUUUAUUUGUCUAUGCAUAUUAUAUACAUAUACAACUUGAACAACUUCGGUGAUAAUGGGUACGUUGUUGUGUUUACCGACAGGUUUGUGCUUGAACACGUACGAGUGCAGGAUACAAAACGGUGAGUCUCACGGUCCGUGCGCAUUGGGUUUCGGAGUAUGCUGUGUCUGUAAGUAUAAUAUUGAAAUAUAGGUAUGCUCAUUAAUAAUUUUAGUUUUUCGUUAUUUUAUUUAACCACAACGUGUACGCUGAGUCCCAACUUUUGUUACGUCAGGUUUAUGCCGUGGUUUUAGAUAGUAAUAUACAGGUUGUACAACGACCAACUACACCGUACUAUUCCAUGGCCAGCUAAAUGGCUCCCUAAAACGACAGUGAAGUAAAUUAAAUUCAAUAAAAUCAAAGGUAAAUUAAAUUACCAAUGUUACACAGAAUCACGAAUUAAAAUAUUCUGGCGGCUGGAUUGUAUGAUUCAAACGUUGAUACAGUUCGAUAAAAUUAUACUAUGAGUUUUUAAAGUAAAUGUAGAUCCUAUUCACCUAGCCAGCUGCCCGUUGGCCAACUGCACUGGUGUAGUGAGAAUAGAUAUAAAUAAGCAGUUCCUCGAGACCAAUAAUUUCAAACACAGGUUAAUUCAAAAUUCAGUAGAAUGGAAUUAGCUUUACACGGAUCAGAGGAUUAUUUUUUUUUUAGGGGUAGGUCAUAGAUAAUUUGAUUUGCUUGUAAAUCAAUGAACUUACUGCAAACUGUUGAAAAGUGACAUAUUACGUGUCACUUGAUUAGAGCUCAUAUUAAAAAUCGUGGGUUAUAUUAUUAUAUUAUUUUAAUGCACUAUACCCGCCUCUCGAUUCUGAUCCGAAAAUAUCGCGAGUCGUGACGAAAUUGAAACAAAAAAAAAAAAUUUUCCCGUAUUAUUAAACUUUGUUUAUUUCACUGAAAUGCAAUUUGGACGGAGAUUUCAGUAUAAUUUAGAGUAUAAAAUAUAUCAAUACAUAUAUUAUACCAUACGAACCGAUAUAUAUAUAUCGCUUGCACUGCAAGCGAUACAUGGUUUUCGAUUUGGGGAGAGUUUAUUUAUUAUAUCGGGUGAGAGUCACUAUAGCACGCGAAUUCACAAACUUACCUCAAAAAAGUACGACGGGGCGAACGUAAUAUCGGUCGAGUCGGUUAAACGUAUAUUUACGUCCGUUGGGAAAUUACUAUUACUAUCGGGUAUCUAUUAUAUAGUUAACGAUUGAAGGACACGACUCGAAAACAAUUACCGGACGCGCAACUCGUGUACAAUUCGUCCUGCGAGGGUUGAAAGCAAACAUGUAGUUAAUACAGUAAUAAUAAGUUCAAGCCGAGUUAAAAGGUCAUUAUUGACUUUUCGACUAUUGUGGCUAAGAAAUCCAUUAGUCUGCCAGUAGAAAUACAAUUGAAAAAAAAUAAAAUACACAAUUCCUCUAUUUAGCGAGUUAAAUAUUGAGAAAAUAUACGAAUAGUUAUAUCUUCUACUUGAUUACUCUCAAAUGAGAGGAGUGAUGAUGCGAUAAAAUUGAGUCGUCGCACUAAGUUUUUCUAUAUUUUCGAAUUGAUGGCGUACUUUUUUCUCAUAACUCAUAAAAAAUAAAAUAAAAAUCAAAGAAACAAACUAACCGUAAUUUUUGACCUAAAUUGAAUUCGAUUAUACUCGUAAUAACAUUAAUCACUGAUUUGUAUUCGUUUAAAAUACUAAGAACUAGAUGUUUUUAUUGCUUUGCAAUUCCAUCAAACGAUUCAAUUCUAUUUUAUAAAUAUUUGAAGUUUUGUAUAAAUUCAUUAACUAUGGAGAAAAAGAACAAAUACAAGUAAUUAAAUUAAACAAACAUAAGAGUAUUGAAUUAAUUUUAAUAUUCAAAAAGUAAUCAAAAUACCUGUAUGAAAUGUAUAUUCCGUGUGUACCUACCUAAUAAAUAUACAGCUGUAUUAAGUUUACUUUAAAUAAAAAUAACACAUCUAAAUGAAAACAAAUACAUGUUAAAACUAAAAUAUCCGUAAUGCGUAACACAUUAAUAAAUUACAGAAUAAAAUAAUUUAAUUCCAAUUUUUUUUUAUGUUUUUUGCUAAAAUAUAUUUAUAAUCUAUGAAUAAUGUGCCUAUGGAUUUAGUGUUGGGAAUGAUAGUUGAUUUGUAUAAAAUACAAAUAAAAAAUAAUUUUCAGCUAUCUAGACAAGAUAUAAAUUGUUGUUUAGAUAAUUCCAAACUGUAUAUAAUAUCCGGUAUAGAUUUGAUCGAAUGGUGCACUUAUUCUUUCAAAACACAAGUUUUUUACGUCAAAACGUUAUAAGGAUCGUAAUUUUAUUCUAUGUUUUAUUAUACAUCAAUAUAAUAAUACCUAUAUUCUUAAAACUGUAUGAAAUUAUCUAAUGAUAAUGAAUACCUUGAAAUGUAAUUUUGUAUACUGUAAACAUUUGUGUGUAUCGGUUCAUUGACAAAAGAAUUUUCGAGAGAGCUCGUCUAAUAUUAGAGCUGUAUAGUCUCAGUAAAACACAAUUAUAUAUGCUUAUAGAUAUCUACAUACAAUUUUGGUCUUUAAUAUUAAGUGCUUAUAGACUACAAGGGUAAAGUAAGUAAAUGUAAACACUGUCACUUACAGUUUUUUAAAGACAGAAUUAUUCUACCUAUCGCAUGAUUUUUUUUUACCUUUACUUAAACGUAUCUCUUGUGUUUUGCUGCAGUCACGUUGUCCUGUAGCGCUGAAGUGGACAACAACGUCACGUACUUUGUAAACCCAAAGUUUCCGGGAUUGUUGAACGACGUGGGUGAGUGUUCUUUGCGCGUCAAAAAGAUAUCCAAAGACAUCAGUCAGAUGCGUUUGGACUUUGUCAAUUUUAAUCUGGUAAGCAUAAAUAUACUAUUGUUUAUAGGCCUGGCGAUAGCGAAUUUUCAAUUUUCGCCGUGAUAUACAAUUAAUAUGGUUUGCAGGCGCAGCCCAACAGAAAGACCGGAGUGUGCGAGACGGACACGUUCGUCGUUACAGGCGGAGCAUCCAAAGACUUGAGGAUUUGCGGUCUCAAUAGUGGCCAACACGGUAAGUGUUUUACGCGCUUUACCUAAUGUGAUGACAUUAUCUAUAUGAUUUUAAUAUUUUCUAAUUGGCGUUAUUUUUAGCAGGUGCAUCGAGAAUACAUUUUUUUUUUUUAAAUUGUGUAUAUUAAUUUUGCUUUUCUAAAAAUUUCGAAUUUAUGAGUUUUGAUGCAUCCAAAUUCUGAAUUAUUCGUUGAUUAUUAUAAAAGUAAGGCGUGCAACACGUGGUGGUCGCAACAUUUGUUGGCACACACGUGUGCAAAUAUAUUCUCGAGGAGAGAAACCACCGGAAACACAAACGACUGCGCGACGCAUCAGCGCGUGUAAACGACCGGAAACAUGCGCAUUAAAUUGAAAUGAGGACCAAAAUAAUUGUUUUGGUUGAUUUAGUAUAGUAUGUAGCGAAGUUUUCUCAAAAGUAUUUUAAAAGAAAAAAAUAAUUUAUAGUGACGAGUUAGUGAAUUUUUAAACAAUUUUCAAUUGGCAACACACUGUUAACUGUGAAGUCUAUUAUUUUUAGUUUUGGUAAAUCUUUUUCUUGUUAUCAUUUCUAUAUUAAUACUUCAUAUUGGAUUUGCAGUAUACUACGAUGUGGAUGACGCCAAGGAUGAUAUCACCAUCAAUAUCAGAUUGACUAAGGCCAACUACAACAGGAUGUGGGAGAUAAAAGUGAGUGCGAUCACUGUAAAAAGCCUUAACCGUGCAGAACGGCUAAUUUUCGAUUCAUGUUUUUUUUUAUUUUAGAUUACACAGAUAGAAUUUUCCCAACGAGCACCGGACGGUUGCCUUCAAUAUUUCCAUGACUCGGUGGGUACAGUACAGACGAUGAAUUUUGCGAUCAACGGACGACAUUUGGCCGACCAGGAUUACGUGAUUUGCAUACGGCAGUCGGAAAGUAAGUUAAUUUGAACAGUCAAGGCAAUCUCUUUCUUCUUUCUUCUUUAAAGCUUUUUUCUACCCUUAAAAAUUCUUCGAUACUUUUACUAUUUUCAUUUAGCAGCCGCGAAUAUAAAUUAUCAAUAUACAUUUUUGAAACAUUUGAUAUAACCUCCAAUAACUGUUCUUCUCCUUUACACUCCAUUAUUUUUGAUAAUUCGUAAUCAUUUUUCAUAAGUAAUUUUAUAAGUAUACGGCACCGCGUAUUUUUCAGGUAUGUGUUCAAUCGUGUACGAACCGUGUGACGAGAACUCGUUCAAAAUAGGACCUCCCUUAUACUCGGGUGAGUGCGUUCAAUAUGGUGUAGUACAAUCUACAAUAUAUCCUGGAAGUGCAAAAAUAUAACUAUUGUAACUUUUAUCGCAGAUACCGGGAUUGAAGGUUCCGGCGACGACAAUGGUGGCGGUGGCAAUCCGAUGGUAUCCAUGGACUCGUUCCGGGAAUGCAGUGACCGCGUCAUGAUGCCCUGUGAUUCUGAAGAAUUUAUAACGGUAAUUAUUGAUUAAUAACAUUGGUAUUGUCAGGUUUCUUGUGAUUUAAGACUAAUAAACCCGGGUUUUGAUUUUCCCGUUUUUCUUAUUUCUGCGCAGCCCCAAGGAGGACCGGGAAUAUGUGAUUUGCUGCACUGUGGUAGCAACUUUUGCUCGGAUAAAGAAACGCCGUGCCGGAUCGAAAGUAAGACGAAUUACGGACGACAUGCCGAUUUUUAUGAAUAUAAUAAUAAUAUUAUUGUGUACAUGUACAAAAUAAAAUUAAAAAAAAACCCUUUUAAUCUACCGACUGGACUGAUUAAAAAGUAAACGAGGGUAAAGAAACGGUGACAUCUCUGCGGGUGGUGCUUACUGUAUAAUAGUAGUAACAAUAGAGCAGAACUUUUUCAAUAAAUAUUUCAAAAAGUAUCAUUUACUCAAUUUUGUAAGCUGUUUAGUAGACUUUACAAAAUAUGUUUUAUGUUCUUAAUCAAACCAAAUUAUUUUAAAAAUAAACCGGUGUAUCGAAUAUCAUAUUACUCGUAUUAGUUAAUUGAUUAAACGGUUUUUUUGUAAGCUAUUAAAUUAAUUAAAUUUAACGUUAUUCGGUAGACACAGAAUUGUAUUAUAACGAUGCCAAAUAUCGAUCUAGAUUUUAGAUACUUUUAAUCCAAUAAAAACUUUAUCUAAACAUUUCUUCUUCUUUGUCUUUGUCUUCAGACUACUUUAAGGGCCAUUUCUACCACUAUUAUAGCCAUUAUAUUAUUUCUAUUAGAUGGCAUUUCAAAAGAUACAUUCUGAUCAUUAUGGUCUUAGAUUUUUGGUACCUCUUGGUACCAUAGAAAUAAACCGUAAACUUCCUUAAGUUUUUCUAUGUUUUUUCCUAAAUUAUUAAGAAAACUUCAAAUAUAAUAAAAAAACGACCAUGUAUUGAGCACCAACUAUGUAAUUUUUCUUUAAAAGAGAUGCUACUCUUGAAAUUCUGAAUAAUAUCUCUAGUAAAUAAUUGUUGUUUACUGCAGACACACACGCACAAAUAAAAAGAAUACAGUAAAACCAAUGCAUUCCUCUUUUAUUCAGAACCUAAAAUAGGUACAACUUAAUAUUAAAUUACAUGUUAAUACAUCAGAGCAAAAUAAUUAAAACGAUUAACUUACUCGUCUUUUUAAAUCACGAAAAUGUAUCUAAAUAAUAUUGCGGGUAAUUCGUUUUGGUUUUGCGAAUUUCUUCUGAAGUAUGUAAAUGUCAACUUCGAACUUAUGUCGUUUAUAUUAUUUUAAUACUAUUCUUAUUGAAUUUUACCCUUUAGAACUACCGCCUUAAUAAAUUUGAUCUUUGACCCAUUUCGAGAGACAUUUUUUCUUCAAUGUGUGAGCAAUUUUCUUAUGGUUUUUUUUUUUUAUUUUGUUACCAACCAUACAUUUUUUUAGAGUUUGAAGAGUUUUUCAAUAUUGUUUACAGGUAGCACGACGCCGUUCGUGAUGCGAGUACAAUUCGGGCCGGGCAACAGGGAAGAAAAUCCCGAGGACAACCUGGGUAUGUGCAUCCGAUACGAACAACAGCAGUGCUCGUCUUGAAUGCCGACGGCGGUUAUUUAUGGAAUUUUCCCUACUCUGUACUAUAUUUCUAUCGUCUGGUGUACUUAUAAUUUAUAAUAGUCGCAUAGCUUUUAAGGAUAAUAAUUAUUGUAUUUAUUUGUUCCGUCCUGUGACUUUGCGCACGGUUUCGCCGACUGCUAUCGGUGGUCACCGAUAAGAGGAGGACCUCGAGGACUAUAGGAAGUGCAUUUGGCGACGUCGUGUGCACAGUAACCGUUGUCGACCGGUAGCGUACUAAAGGGAAAGUCAUUCCGCCGUGAAAUUAAAUUCAAACGAAUUAGGUCCAAACGACUUUAAAUAAUCCGUUUCGAUGUUUUAAAUGAUCGUGAUAUUGUAAAACAAAUGAUUUUAAUACACAAAGAACACAGUAUGUAAAUUUAUAAUAUAUUUAUUUUUUUUUUCAACAUUUUCUUCGGGAUAAAAUCAAAAUAGUACGCCACCGAAGCCGCCAACUACCAAAAACGGAAUGUUUUGUUCACCAACUAAUAUAUAACUAACUCAAUAAAACAAGG